CCUUGCAAUGUUGAGGCACCUUGACAUUGUGUGCACAAUAAAAAUCAUCGUCAGCCGCCACAUGGCACAGUUUCCAAUGCCAACGCUUAACUUUCACGGCUCCUUUCUUCUGCCCGACAUACCACUCCUAUAUAACACAUAAAGCAGCUGCCGUUGGAGCUCAAUGGUUACGGUUACGACGGAUAUAGCACCUGCACAAAACCGUAUCGAAAUGCAAGAGCCAAAUUUCCCGAUUUGCCGUGCGAUUUUAACACUCAAUCAUGGUGCAUGGUACCUGGAUCAACGUACCCGUGGCACGCAGUCCGACGGUUCGUAUUCGAGAAUCACGGUUUGAUGAAACGCAUGUACGGCGAACAGCGACACAUAUCGGUGCUGCGCGCUGACAUGGACACCAACGACAUCGAAGGUGGCGUCUGGAACCGGCGGCGGGAGGAGUCGUCGUUGAACCGCUACGACUCGCAACCGUCGCCGCCUGCACCAACCUCGGGAACCUCCACCGGCACCGCUACAGUUAGCAAAGCUAGUAGUAUUACCACAACCACGUCAGCGACGACGACCACCGUGAACAAGACCACGACCACCGCGUCCACAGCCCGGCCGUCCAACGUCACCGCCACGCCCGUGGCCGACGUCGUGCCACCCACGACGACCACCGUCGCGGAAGACGUGGAAGACAGCACCGAGGACGACGUUACCGUGGACGACCAGUUGCAGUUCGAAACCACCACCGAACCGAUAGCGUCGACCCAACGCACCGACCAGGUACAGGAGCAACCGGGAUUCUUCCAGGAGUCGACCGGUGGCGACGCGGACAACACUCAGAAAUCAAAAGGCAUUAACGCUUGCCCGGUAAAGGAAGAGGUGGUCGCGCCUUUCUGGGCGAACAACACUCGCGGCGAAGUGCUCGCGCUGCUUAAUCUCUACCCGUUCGAGCAGUACGUCCACUGGGAGCGAUGCACGUUCGAGAACAAGCAGAUGUUCUGCCGCCAGGGCUGCCGGUGCGAACAGCAGUACCGCUUGCACAGGCUGCUCGCCUACGACCCGUCCAAUGACUGCCGCGGUAUAUUCUCCGACUGGUUCAGGUUCCCGUCGUGCUGCGUGUGCCGUUGCUACGAUCUGCCCAACGACUUGAGGAUCACGUCCCGCAGUCCACGCACCGACGGAGACGACGGCGCCGGCAGCAACAGCAACGGAAACAGCAACGACCUCGACACGUGGUUCCAAAAUCCGUUGAGCUCUUAACUUUUACUUUUCUUUACACGAUAUUAUUGUAUUUUUAUAACGUAUCCGUGUUUUAUCUUUAUUCUCUCAUUCUUUCUCUCUCUCUCUCCUACGAUAAUAUUAUCUGUCUCCACGCAUCAUCUAUACUGUUGGGCAAAAACAAAAACCACUUGCAGAUCGGAGGGUCAUUUGAAUGAUUAUACCGCACGUUUAUAUAUCAACAAUUUAAAACCUAUACAUUUCGAUACCUAAACAUAAGUACCUACCUACGUUCGUUUUGAAUUGUUUCUAAGUUUACUAAAGAAUUGAGAUAAAUACCAGAGUACGUACUAAAUAAUAUUAAUUAUAGAUAAAUACGAUCAAUACUCGUCACUCCACCAUUCAAUCUCCACGAUUAAUUCGUAUACCUACCAUAAUAUUGUCAACUAUGAUUGAUUUCGUUUAGCUUUGUUUUUAUUGAUCAUAAAAUUUAUUUUUAAAUUAUUAUCAUAUUAUUAUAUACAUGGACCCACAAAUUCAACGAAUGUACACAAUUUAAUUGAAAUUUACGGAUUUUAAUCUGUCUGUCAUCGGUUAGUCGUAAAUUUUUAAUUUUUUUUUUUUGCCUUACACUGCCGUGCAUAAUAUACAGAAUUUAGAUCUAUAUAUUAUAGAAGCCAUAGGUUUUUAAUUUUAUUUUUGUUUUAAAUGUUUAUCAAAUAGAACGCGUAGGUAUCAUCAAUAUAAUAUAUAUGCUGUACAUAAACUUUAGUGUAAAUAUAAUAUUUUUAUAUAGUGUUAAGGUGUUUCAAUCUUGUGAUACGUUUAAAUUAAUUAUUACUACUAUUUAUUUAUAUAUUUUACUUAAUCAUUGAUACAAUGAUAAAUUAUAUUAUGUGCAAUGUGCAUACGUGUGGUAUAUUCACGUGUCCAUAUUUAUAUUAUACACUAUAAAUCAUUACGGAUUUACGAUAUGGAACUGCAAAGUUUACCGUUGAUGUAUGAAAAAUGAAAAUAAUGUUAAAUACUUAUGUUAUACCGUUGUUGAUAUUAUAAUAUAAAUAUUUACAGUAUGAGUAUUAAAGUCA